CCUGCAGGCACGUCGAUUUGCUUCGUUUACAUUACGCUACAACCUGCUCCACAACAUCAGAGCCUCCACACGCCAACUCGAAUCAGGAUGGCUACACUGGAGAAAACGCUCUAUGUCGGAGCCUUCAUACACUGCCAAGACCUCACGACGCUGGAUAUAUGUUCUCACGGCAUCAUUGGCGUGGACGAAAGCGGAAAAAUCGCUUUUAUAUCCAGGGAAACGAAGGACAAGCAAAUACCGGCUCGCGAAGGAUGGGAAAAUGCCAAAGUUGUGAGCAUUACCGGAUUGGGAUUUUUCUUUCCUGGUUUCAUUGACACCCACAUACACGCGUCCCAAUACCCCAAUGCGGGCAUAUUUGGCAAGUCCACACUGCUGGAUUGGCUCAAUACCUACACCUUUCCUCUGGAAUCCUCCUUCUCCGACCUCGCCAAAGCGUCCAAGAUUUACAACCGCAUCGUCUCGCGAACACUCUCACACGGCACCACCACAGCCUGCUACUACGCGACCAUUCACGUCCCCGCCACGAAUCUCCUGGCAGAUAUUUGCCACGCCAAAGGCCAACGAGCGUUCAUCGGGAGAGUAUGCAUGGAUUCCUUAGCACCAGACUACUACCGCGACGAAUCCGCCGCCACAUCUCUCGCGGAUGCCAAAGCCUGCAUCGAACACAUUCGAUCCAUCGAUCCCCAUUUCGACCAAGUCAGCCCGAUCAUCACACCCCGCUUCGCUCCUUCGUGCUCCACAGAAUCUCUCAACUCCCUCGGUCAACUACACAAAGACACCGGCGUACCCAUCCAAACCCACAUCUCCGAAAAUUUGCAAGAAAUCCAACUCGUCAAAGACCUCUUUCCCAAUUCCACCUCUUACGCCGACGUCUACGAUCAAGCCGGCCUCCUCACCUCCCAAACCAUUCUCGCACACUGCGUCCAUCUCACUCCCGAAGAACGCAAACUCAUUAAAACUCGCCAAGCCAAAAUCUCUCACUGUCCCGCUUCCAACACCGCCCUCACAUCCGGUUGCGCGCCAAUUCGAAGUCUGCUGAAUGAGGGUCUCACGAUUGGCUUGGGAACGGAUGUGAGUGGCGGGUAUACCCCCUCGAUUCUUGCGGAAUGUCGGGAAGCGUUGUUUACUUCGAGACAUUUGUUUAUGUCUUCUUCUUCUCCUUCUUCUUCCGACGGUAAUGGUAAUGGUGGCACUCCUUCGAUUAAGAGAGAAGACGACGUCAAACUUUCCGUCGAGGAAGCUUUAUAUUUAGCCACGCGAGGUGGUGCCAAAGUAUGUAAUUUGGAACAUCGCAUUGGAGGAUUUGAAGUCGGAAUGGAUUGGGAUGCCCAAAUGAUUGGUUUGGAUGUUGUUGGUGAUGACUAUGCUGCUGGCGAAGGAGAAGGAGUGAAUGGCAAGAUGGAUUUCUUGGAGACAGGAAUUGUGGAUGUUUUUGGACAUGAGAGUUGGGAUGAUAAUGUGAAUAAAUGGGUCUAUGGAGGCGAUGAUCGGAAUACUUUGGCGGUGUGGGUUAAGGGACGGUUGGUGCAUAGUCGGGGUGGGAGGAGAGGGCUACAGACUUCUUGA